AUGCAGGAGGCUCUUCAAACCAAGCCUUUGGCUAGGCCCCGAAGAGGCAAGGGCCGCUUCGUGGCCCUAAGUAGCUCAUAUUUCUGGUUGAAAAAGAUUUGUGAUUGCCAGGAGGAACUUGAGAAGGAGAUUUCUCAAUAUCAGGAGGUCGCAAAAAAAAUACAGGAGAGUUAAGGCUGCCUUUCACACAACAUCUUGAUUCAUUUCAGUCACGACAGAUCUUUUGUCGACGGGUAGUUUUGCAAGUGUCCUGACUGGAGUUGGAAUUGUUGUGAGUGUGUAUCUUACAGGUAUUGCUGGUCUUCUUGGCUUCAUGUCUGCCACAGGGACAGCCGCGAGCAAAAAGCUCAUCAAAAAGGCUGAAAAACACGAGAAAACUGUCUCUCUAGCUGAAGCAAAACAUCGUUCAAUUUCCAGACUCGUCUCAACAGCCUGUCAAGGCGGUUCGAUAUCAGAUGGUGAAUUCGCUUCGAUAAUGAGUGAGGUCAAGCAAUAUUAUGAUUUGAAGGCCAAAGUCAUAAAAUAUGAUUUACUAAAUACUGUAGAGAAAGUUCAGGAUGCAACUCUCAGAGGCGAGAUAAAAAAGGAGUUUCAUAGAAAAUUAGACUCUCUGCUGACAAUAGACAGAGUUGAGAAUUGA